CCUUCUCAUCGAUCUCACCGACGGGUUUGCACACACGACAUGGAAAGCUUUGAUUCCACAGUUCAAACCCACUCCAGGAUGGUGUGUGUUAUGAGUCUUGGUGUUGAGAUGAGACAUGAGGGGUUAUGCAUUCUUCCGCCGUUUUCUGAUUGCUGUUCCGGCCGCCGUGGGAACUCCUGAUUGCCCGAUUUGCUGUCAAACCUUGUCAGUUGUUUGUGAGAUCGCUAUCAUGGAAGCGAGAGAGAGUGAGAGAGACAGAGAGUGUCCCACUGCACACAGAGGGUAGGUUCUCUAAACUCAGGUAUAAGUGAGCACAUGAGUUGCAAGAGGACAAUGCUGCUACAUCCGGAUGCUGGGGGAGAAGGGAAUCAUGGCGCUGCUUGUCAGGGCAUGACGACGCAUGCCAGCCCAAGAAGGCGUCGAAACAAUUAGAGGGCUCAUUCCUUUCUCCAUGGAGUUUUCGGAUAUUCUUACCCACUUGGUUUCACGUAGUUGUCUGUGGCUUUAAUGUGGUCGGGUAAAGUGGGUUAAGGUGGUGCAUGCAAGUGAUUUAUCCGAUGUCCCUUUUUAGACCCAUGUUUUGCGCUUCCAGGCUGGUCAGUGGCAUUAAUCCCGAUAUCUGUGCACGGGGUGGUUCAUUUCUGUCUCACUUUCUCGGCGUUCGUUGGGUUCGUUGAAUGUGCUGCAAUCAUUUUCUGGCGGGCUUUGAGGGGCUACAAAUGUGGCUUUCGGCGCUUUGUCCAUUGUCAGGGGAGUUUUACGUGAGUGUGGUCUUGACAUCGUGGAGGGUUUAGCUUGUGAACUCUUCGAGUGUGUGGAACUCUUGCAGACUACGUUGGCUGUUGCAUUGAUAGAUAUGUUUUUUGAGUUUCUUUGACGUCAAUCGUUGGUUGAUCUUGGGAGUGGCGCGAGUUCCGCCCCGCGCACGAAGAAAUGGCAUCGUAUUCGUUAGAUGAGUUUUUAGGGGCAGGGGUUUUGAAGGACAUGGGCAGCAAUUUUGCGGAAGAUGGCUGGGAUGACGUACCCACGCUGAAGAUAAUCCGUGCCGAUGACAUGGAUGCGCUCAAUCUCACCGACAUUCAACGAGAUGCUCUUGAAUUGCGAAUAUAUCUUCACAAUCGUUCAUUGAUGAAGUACGCUGAAAGGUUGGAGGCCUCAGGGAUAGGGCUAAUCGACUUGAUAAGCAUGAAGCCCUCUGAGCUAGCCACCAAGUUUCGGAUGCGAAGAAAUCAUGUAACCACCUUCGUUGAUACGACAAUGUCAUGUGCGAUUCAAUUGCCACCUGAUCUUACUAGAGUGUCCUCUGGCAGUCGGCGGCGCCCCUCCACAGCUUCACGAUGCAGUGAUGAAGGAAAGGAAUUGGUAUCCAGUAAGCCCGUGCUCAAGCCCCCCCCGUUUGAGUUGCACAGAUCCACGUUGAGCGAAUCGUUAGUCUCCUCAUUCGUCGAAUCCUACUCGAAGGUGUCGCCUGUCGCCAGCUCCCGACCCUCGAAUGCUCGUAAGUCGAAUGCCAGCGACAUGGGAUACGAGUCACCAACUUUAUUGAGGCCCGUCGACGCCAGAAAACCCAACGCUCCAAGAGGAGUAUUCGCAGCGAUUCCUACCGCGCGUCGCAUGCGUGGGAUGGUGAAAGCUCCAACCCCGGAUAACAUCAUAAAGUUGUCGGUGCUGGAGAGAGUUUCGGUGCGACAACUCGCACCAGAUCACAAGACCGGGGUUGACGUUAGAACGAUGAAGGGGGCGAAAAAACCCCAACCCUUCAAAGCUUCCAACCUUUGGUCCGAGAAGGCGACUCUAUUCUUUUGCAUUCGGAGACCAGGGUGCGUGAUGUGUCGAGCUGAAGCACAUCAAUUAUUCGCCCGGAAGCCGAUUUUUGACGCACUAGGCGUGCAGCUCGUGGCCGUGCUCCUGGAGGACAUCGACGAGGAGGUGUGGGCGUUCUGGCCGCGGUUCUGGGCAGGCAUGGUGGUCCUGGAUGAGAAGCGGGACUUCUUCAGGGCACUGGGAGGAGGCAAGUUGAUGAAAGAUAACCUGUUCACGGGAUUUUGUCUCAAUCCUCUCGCGCGCCUCAAUUGGAAGCGAGCCAUGAAAACAGGCAUACCUGGAAACGCACGAGGAGAAGGGCUAAUUAAGGGAGGCCUAUUCAUUGUCCGGCGAGGAAAAGGCGGUGUUUCGUACCAGUUCGCAGAGAAGAACUUCGGCGAUUGGGCGCCUCUGGACGAAGUCCUUCAAGUGUGUCAUUACAUGAAGAAUGAGGGUGAAUGUGGUUCGUAACAACGCAUCCCACUCACUCACCAAUUCACCAAUUCAACUUGUACGUUAGCAUUUCUGGGCAGAUUAGAACUCACCUCAGGUAACCCUUGUAUAAUCCUUUUUCUCCAGUCUCUCUUUCUUCCACAUGUGAAGGUAAUGCCGUUUUUUCAGCACCCACUGCGGUGGUGCGGCGAUUCAAAUAUGGUAGCUUCUGCUUGAUGAUCAUGGAAUAGUUUUGUUGUAGAUAACUAAUGUGCUUGGUCCCACUGGCUUGAAUAGCUGGCCAGCCAUUCAGUGAAAUGCACUUCAUAAUUCACGACCCCGAGUGAUGCACUCUGUUCGAACACAGGGAUUGGGCUCCAAUUUGGGAAUUCCAUGCGAGAUUCAUUCAUA